UCCUUCGGUGGGAUGGAUAAAAACCUUUUUUUUGAGGGAUACCCGGGAACAACUCCUAGGUCAAUUAAGGAUCAAAUCUUGGAACCUCAUGGGUAAAUUAAGCUACCACGGACCGGUAAUGGAAUUGAUAGAGAAAUUCAUAGACCUAGGUUGGAUAGGAGAAUUGAUAAAGGGAAUAGAGAUGAUGAUAGAGAUCAUACUGAGAAACAGAAGAAUUCCCUAUGGGUACAACUCUUAUUUGAACGAAGUGAAAAAAAUGCGAUCUUUCUUGUCUAAUAGAACAAAGACUAAUACCUUAAUUGAGUCAGUCAAGAUCAAAUCUGUUUAUCAAAGUGCUUCUCCGAUUGCUCAAGACAUCUCUUUUCAACUGAGAAAGAAAACAAGAUCAUUUCGUUCCAUUUUGAGUCAAAUAGUUCAGGAUAUUCCAUUUGUCAUGAAAAAAGGGGUUGAGGGGAUCCGUAUAUGUUGUUCAGGUCGAUCAGAAGGCGCGGAAAUAGCUAGAACGGAAUGCGGAAAGUAUGGAAAAACAUCUCGUAAUGUAUUUCACCAGAAAAUCGAUUAUGCUCCUGCGGAAGUAUCUACUCGUUAUGGAAUCUCAGGUGUCAAAGUGUGGAUUUCAUAUAUAAAAAAGAAAAAGGAAGGUGUUAUAUCCGAAACGUACGAAAUAUAGUAAAUAUCGUAAAGGCAGAUGUAGUAGGGGUUGCAAACCGG